AUGUCCGAGAAGGCUUCUGAGUCUGUUGUCGAGCCUCAGGAGCUGCUACCGCCAUUCUCCUUCUCCAAGAAGCCCAUCAAAUCCGUCUACACCUCGUCGGGCAUCUCUUCGAUCCUUCUUCACCACCCAAAUCAACAGAAUAACCCUCAGAAUGACGAAAGCAAGUUGUCCACAAAGCCCCUGCUCAACAACAUCAACUACGAUGAACAAAUCAGAGCUCCUCGCAUGUCCCUGGCCUCUCACUAUACGCAUCUGCCACAAUCACCAGUGCCUGGACCAAAACACAUUUCUUCGGAGGCUGGUCCUUCCGACUCAGAGUCCCCUCCGCAAAAGCCAUACACGCCGGCCACAUUCGACCUCAACGCCAAAAUCCGCCAUAAUCUGCUUCCUUUAAGACACAAUUCAUCGCUGCUGCUUCUCGAUGCGUACUUUCCCGGGCUGUCGCUGCCGCCAGUAUCGCAGAAAUCCAAUUCGGGCGAGUCGGCAAGACUGAGCCGUUCGCAGACAUCAGAGCUGACCGUCCAUCUGAGCCAGCUGAAGAUUCAGCGGGCUUUGCUCAACUUGAAUGAAAACACAACAUCGGCAGAGAGAACGGCUCCCUGUGAACUAGCAACAAAGCAAAGAUCUAAUGGUCAUUUGGUGGAUGUCAUAGGUCCAUCACUCCAGCACGUUUACAGCUUGAAAAAGCCGCUUUGCACGCCUGCGGUGCUAAGGCCAGCCCAGGAACCAGAACUGUCAGGCCACGUAGAAUACGACACGUCGUCGCCAGAAUGCGAAAUGAAGGAGUACCCUUUCAAGAUGCCAGCGCAUGACGAGCCAUCUUUAGAGACUUUGAUAGAACCUACACGAGAGCAUUGGAAGCCGAAUCACUCGACGGACCAUUGCACAAAAUGCUUCGAUGUGUUUGGCAAUUUCUUCAGCCCCCAGCGCAAACGAAGACACCACUGUCGCUUCUGUGGGUUCUUAUAUUGUGGGGAUUGUCUUUUUAAGAACGCCCAACUUCUGUCGAGAUCCAGCACUUCAAUCAACAGCCCGUCAAAGCGCUCUGGAAGCAGUUCGUCUAACUCUAGUGGCCUUUCGGUGCUUUCAUCGAUAUCAGCCUCGCUGAGCUCAUCAGAAAACGCCAGUGGUGUGAUGAUGGACGCCAAAGCUCGCCUUGUAGUGCCUAUUUUCGCCAAUCUCAGUCAAGACCCCAUCAGUUUUGAAAGCAUGCGGCAACGGUUUAAGAGCUGCAAAAUAUGCAAAUCGUGCGGCCACAAUUACCUUCGACUUGUACAAGCACUAAAUCUGCGGGUGGAAAGAGCUCCAGAAGAAGUUACGGUGCCAUAUGCAUUCAUCGAAAAUCCGUUUUUUGAUUUCAGCUCCAAAGAUGAGGCGGUGUCUGGCGGCACACUAGAUAGCAGUCUCAGCUCCAUUAGUGAUAUUAAUCCUUCGCAUUUUGGCCCCUGUCCUUCUCGGGACAGAAGGAGAAGCUCUACGGGCAAUAACGUACCACUGGACUGGACGUGGAGUUCGUUUUAA